GUCACUGUCACCGUCACCGUCACCGUCACCAGCUGGCGGCGGAGAGCGAGUGGAGCGAAGCUGCGGGCGAGUCCGUCGCGUCCCAGCCCCUCAGCGUAAAAGUCACACGUGCAUUUGUCAUCAUGGCCACCGAAGAAGCAGGGUCCCCAUCAAAUUCAUUGUGCAAAAUCAUGACCUUCCAUCCUACAAUGGAAGAAUUUAAGAAUUUUUCUAAGUAUGUUGCAUACAUGGAGUCUCAGGGUGCGCACAGAGCUGGCCUUGCGAAGGUGAUUCCUCCAAAGGAUUGGAAACCAAGAAGAAAUUACGACAACAUUGAUGACUUGGUAAUUCCUACUCCCAUUCAACAAAUGGUUACUGGACAGUCUGGUCUUUUUACCCAGUAUAACAUACAGAAAAAACCGUUGAAAGUAAAGGAAUUCCGAAAUCUGGCCAAUAAUGAUACCAGAUAUUGUACUCCGCGAUACCUUGAUUAUGAAGACCUUGAACGCAAAUACUGGAAAAAUUUGACCUUUGUAGCACCGAUCUAUGGAGCAGAUGUCAGUGGCAGCCUCUAUGAUGAGGAUGUCGGUGAAUGGAAUAUCAGUCGUUUGAAUACAAUCUUGGAUGUGGUGGCAGAAGAAAGUGGGAUAGCUAUUGAAGGCGUGAACACACCAUAUUUGUACUUUGGAAUGUGGAAAACUACUUUUGCUUGGCACACGGAAGAUAUGGAUCUGUACAGCAUUAACUACCUACAUUUUGGAGAGCCAAAAUCAUGGUAUGCAGUGCCUCCAGAGCACGGGAAAAGGCUGGAACGUCUUGCACAAGGUUUCUUUCCAAGUAGUUCCCAAGGGUGUGAUGCUUUCCUACGUCACAAGAUGACCCUUAUAUCACCAUCGAUAUUAAAGAAGUAUGGGAUUCCUUUUAACAAGGUAACACAAGAAGCAGGACAAUUCAUGAUCACUUUUCCCUAUGGUUACCAUGCUGGCUUCAAUCAUGGAUUCAACUGUGCCGAGUCAACAAACUUUGCUACCAUUAGAUGGGUGGAUUAUGGAAAAAUUGCUAAACAAUGCUCUUGUCGGAAAGACAUGGUCAAGAUAUCUAUGGACAUCUUUAUAGAAAAAUUUCAGCCAAGUAGAUAUGCACUUUGGAAACAAGGAAAGGAUGUUCAAACCAUCGAUCACACAAAACCCACCCCUGAAUCAACUCCCGAACUGGAGAUUUGGCAGAAACAAAGAAAAGUAAUUCAAAGGAAAUCUGGAAUGCCCAUGAAAAGUCGUGUCUUCUGCAGUGUGUAUCGGUUCAGAACUCGAUCUAAAAAGAUAAAAUCUCUAGAAGAUGAAAAGAUAUUCAGUGAUCCUGUGGCCAAAGAAACAACUGCAGCUGAACCACUUACAGAUGGUAUCAAUAAUGAUGAAAACUCUAAUGGGGGAGUGAAGAAACGGGAGUCUAACCGUGUUGCAGUAAUGAGUCCUGAAGAAGAAAUAAUUAAGGGAAAGCAGCUGGAUCAGAAAAGAAUGGAUGAAGAGCAGUCAUCAGACAAUUACCAGACAACAUCAGAAUCCAAUUUUGUCAGCACCAAGUAUAGAAAUAAAGCUAAUGGAAAGAGAAAAUUGGAUGAUUGUUUUUCAUUGACACCAGUUGACAAAGAUGAUGCAUUUGACAUCUCUUCAGAAUACCUAGACAAUGCAGACCUUGACCUGAAAGUCAAAUUGGAGAGUAAGGAUCUGCAGAAAUCCACGUUGGUGAAUGCAAUCAUCAAAAAGGGACAAUUGUGUCAGAACACAUUUGAUGAUGUAGCUGCAGAAAUCCAACAGAACUGCUGGAAAGGACGUGAAAGUAGUGGAGUCUCCACAGAAGAGGAAACCAGUGAAGCUGAGAGUGGAGAAAAUGGCUUGGAGCCUGGAGAAGUACCAAGUUUUCCAGAGCAGUUCAUCGGAAGUGCCGGGAAAAAGAAAUCAGCCAAGUGUCGACGAUAUCCAUUAUGCAAACCACCAGCUAGAUCCCCUUCAACCCUCGUCAAACAAGAAUUGAUUAGUGAUGAAGAAUUGACUGAUCCAACAUUAAAUGAAGAAGAUAUAAAUGAAACACAGCCUUGGGCCAAACCUCUAAUCCAAUUGUGGCAGAGUAAACUGCACAAUUUCCAAGCAGAGAAGGAAUAUAACGAAGUCGUCUCGAAAAUGGAACCAUAUUGUGCGAUUUGCUCACUUUUCUUUCCUUAUAACCUGCCUGAUCAACCCAUGGAAAUAAGAUCUCAAAUCAACUCUGAUUCAGCUGAUGUAUCACCAUCCAAGCAACAUAACACUAAACCCCUUAUUCCAGAAAUGUGUUUUGCGUACAGUGAAGAAAGUAAUGAAUUUUACCCUACAAAUUCAUUUAUUAAUGAGGAUGGAACGAGUUUGCUGAUAUCCUGUGCAAAGUGCAGUCUACAAGUUCAUGCAAGUUGUUAUGGUGUUCCGCUUCAUGAGAUUCAUGAUGGUUGGACUUGUUCUCGUUGUAUAAUUGGCGCAUGGACUGCUGAUUGUUGCUUAUGCAAUUUGAGGGGUGGCGCACUAAAACAGACGACUGAUAAUAGGUGGGCUCACGUGAUGUGUGCUGUAGCGAUUCCAGAAGCAAGGUUUGUGAAUGUCGCCGACCGCAGUCCAGUGGAUGUUACCAGGAUAUCUUUGCAAAGGUUGAAGCUUAAAUGCGUUUUCUGCAGAAAAAGAGCUAAGAAGACUUUGGGUGCUUGUAUUCAGUGCUCUUAUGGACGUUGUCCAACAUCCUUCCACGUAACCUGUGCCCAUGCAGCAGGCAUCGUAAUGGAACCAGAUGACUGGCCAUACGUUGUCCUCAUCACAUGCUUCAGACACAAGACAAAUUCAAGUGUGAAAAACAAAACUCUAUUCCAAGACUUAGCAAUUGGACAAACACUCAUCUCAAAGCACAAGAAUGGAAGAUAUUACAGUUGUGGUGUCACCGGAAUUUCCUCUCAAACUUUCUAUGAGGUCAUAUUUGACGAUGGCUCGUUCAGUGACGAUCUGUAUCCAGAGGAUAUUGCUAGUAAAAAUUGCUUGGAGCUUGGUCCUCCAGCAGAGGGAGAAGUCGUCCAGGUGAGAUGGACUGAUGGACUACUCUACGGUGCCAAAUUUGUAUCAUCUAACAUCAUUUACAUGUACCAGGUUGAAUUCGAAGAUGGCUCCCAAUUUGUAGUAAAACGUGAAGAUGUCUAUCUGUUAAAUGAAGAACUGCCAAAACGGGUUAAAUCACGACUAUCUUCAGCUUCAGACAUGCGCUAUGAAGCAACAUUUUCCACCGAGAAGGUUCAGGCAAAGAAGCGACCGCGAGUCCUGAAUUACAAAUUCAUGAACGAGUACGUUGACGAUCCUGGUUAUCGCACUUUCUUGGGAAACUUCUUCCAGACCCAUUGCCGCCAAGGACAAUAAGAUCAUGCUGACAGCCAAAAGGAAAACUUUGAUCAGCACAUUCAAUAAGUUGCAAAUAAAUCUCUGACCUGCUUGGGUUACAAUUGUGUAAUACUCAGUCUGUGCAACAACAAAAAACGAGGAAUUCCUUGAGCUCCUCUGAAGAAUAAAGGGAUGAAGAAAUACCUGGAUAUUGCUUCUUGGAACAAGGACUCUCACCGAUGUGAAUGAAUAAUUUUUCAAGUGUCUCAGAAACGGGCUCUAAUUGGGAGCCUUUAAAAAAAUUUAACAUGCUUGUGUACUAAAAUAUUUUUAUAUGACUGCUACAGUUUUGGGUAGCAUUUGUUUUGCUGGUUUUUAACCUUGUGAUUUUGAGACUUUGACAGAAUCACUCCUCUUUUGCUUUUCUUCACGAUACUGUGCAAAAGAAAAAGAAACAAUCCAUUGCUACCUGAGAGCAGAUUUUUUAUAUUUAAUAAAAUAUAGAUGAGUUACAGAUAGUUUGCAAACAAGUACAUUUUCUGUUAUUUGGUACUCUUAUCAGUUACAAAGAUAAAGCAUUUAAAAAAUUGUCUCGGACACUUUUCUAUGCUGUAAAAUAAGAGUCCGACAACAUUUUUGAAAUUACCUAAUAAGAGUGUUUUAGCAAGAAGCCAUGCCUUACAUAAUCCUUUGUCUUUAGUUUUUUAGUGAGCAAUGUAAAGGGGGAAAAAAAAGAGUUGAUUCCUCCAUAAGGGAAAAAGAUGUAUACUUUAGGGGCUUUAUUGUAGCAACAAUGUGCGAGGUUUAAAUCAUUUUAAGUGCUCUCUUAAGAACAGCAACUCAUUGCUCUUGUAUUAUAGCUGUUUGGCGUUAUUGUUAUUUUAUGGUUAUUUAAUGUAAUUUCCCUCUUUAAAAACCCUAAAGUUUAUGAAUGGGCAGCUUUGAAUAAAACCACCAGCACCGAU